ACGAACUCAGGCGUCAAGACGACAACAACUGAUAAAAAAGAAUCUUCCUAGCGACACAUGGUAGUAACCGAGAUGAGUGCCUCAAAUGAGAAUGGCUAUCAUUCAGGAUACGCUACAAGCAUCGAUAUUACGCGGAUGUUUCGUAACAUGAGUAAUGCUAAACUUUUUGCCGUGGACAUCGGGGGGUCAUUGGCAAAGGUGGCAUACAUGUCUGAAGUACAGCAUGCGAGAAAACGACUAAAAAGCUUUUGUUCUGAGGAUUCUGAUAAAGAAAGGACAAUUGGAAACCCAAUCUAUGAGAUCAAAGAUCAACAGGAAUGUGGGCUGAGACUGCACUUCAUCAAAUUUGAAACAAAAUACGUGGAGACUUGUGUUGAUUUUAUUCAGCAAAACCUGUUGGAGAAGACGGAUAAUGUGGUCAAAGUCAUGAAAGCAACAGGUGGUGGCGCACACAAGUACAAAGAUAUGUUGACGACAAAACUUGGUGUAAGGGUGGACAAGGAAGACGAGAUGCAGUGCUUAAUACGUGGAUGUAAUUUCGUUCUCUCGACUCUCCCAGAUGAGGUUUUUCAGUUCUGUAGAGACGAAGAUUCACAGUAUGUCUUCCGUCAUCUUGAAUCUAAUGAAAUUUUUCCUUACCUACUGGUCAACAUUGGUUCUGGUGUUAGUAUUAUACAGGUUAAUUCCAAAGACCAUUAUCAAAGAGUGGGUGGUACAAGUAUGGGAGGUGGGACAUUCUGGGGACUUGGGUCCUUGCUGACAAAAGCCAAGGGAUUUGAUGAGCUGCUAGAACUUGCCACCCAGGGCCAGCACAAGAACGUGGAUGUGCUGGUAAAGGAUAUUUAUGGAGGGCCAUACACAGGAAGUGGUCUACCGGCUGACUUAACAGCUUCUAGCUUUGGCAAAGCAGUCAGAUCUUGUAACGACAAGCAAGAAGAUGGUCACAAGUUUGCAGAGUGUGACAUUGCAAAGAGUUUACUGCAGAUGAUUAGUAAUGAUAUCGCUCAGAUAGCUUCACUUUACGCCCGUCUGUCAGGAAUCAAAAAGAUCUUUUUCAGUGGUUACUUUAUUCGUGGUAUCCCUGCUACUAUGCAUACUCUUACUUAUGGAAUAAACUACUGGUCAAAGGAUGCUCAGCAAGCAUUGUUUUUACGUCAUGAAGGAUAUCUGGGAGCCAUUGGUGCUUUUCUAAAAGGAGCAGAAGAAUAUGGUGUAUCUCCAUUACAGUUCAAGACCUGGGAAGAGAACUAUGCUGCAAGCACUGGGCUACCUACAGCCACAUCCAAGGAGAAAACCCUGGAUGGGAAACCAAUGAAUCAACAAUAUGGUGGCUUACAGUGCGACGUGUUGGAACUUGAUCAGAUAUCUCAGGAUCUCGUACCAUUUCCUCUGCUAUCAUCACCAGGGGAAUAUCAGCCUGAUACUGACGACCUGACAGUUGAUAGUGAAGCUAGAAAAUACUGGUUGGAUUGCUUUGGUGGAUCUGCUUUAGAUAAGGUUGUAGAACGAGCCAUUGCCAGCCAACCAAAUUUACCAGAUGCUAAAGACAGAGCAGAAAAGUUUAGGGCCAAAUAUCAAGAUCAUCUAAACGUAUUGUAUGACAAGCCCUUUUCAUAUGGAUCACUGACUGUACGAAGUUUACUUGAUACAAGAGAACAAUGUCUGGAUGAAUUUCAGUUUCCCGACUUGUACGCUGAAGUCAAGCAGCAAGAAAAUGAAGACGCUUUGAGAUUGUUCUCACAGCGAGUACAAGACUUAGAUAAUUUACCCCAUGAUGACCAGCGCCAAGAAUCCUUGGUUCGUGGCAUUUUGGCAGGAAAUGUGUUUGACUGGGGUGCUAUGGAAGUAGCUGAGUUGAUGGAAAAGAAAUUACUUGGAUUUAGUUCUGCCAUGGAUAAACUACAAAAACGGCCGUGGCUCAUAGACGACCUGGAUGAAUGGAUUAACAAUACACAAAAUAAAGUCUACAAGUGUGCCCUGGUGUUCGUUGACAACAGCGGUGCUGAUAUCAUCCUGGGUGUGUUCCCUUUUGUUAGAUAUCUUCUAUUAUGUGGUACCAAGGUGAUUCUCGCAGCCAAUUCCUAUCCAGCCCUGAAUGACGUCAUGUUUAGCGAGUUGAACAUAUUGCUCGAGCAGCUGACAGGUUUAUGUCCUGAUAUCCGGUAAGUAUGAGCAGCAGUAAGGGGGACUCGCGG